CAUCCGCAACAGCGGUCCGUGACGAAUCCUUAACCUUCUCUUUCUUCCGUGAUGAAAUAUAAUAAUAAUAUUUUGGUUUAACUAACCAAGGAUCAAUCCUUCAAGAAGGAUUGGAAGGACUUGAUCCUUAACCUUCUCUUUCUUCCUCUCUCUCUCUCUAUCUCUCCUCCCUGGCUCUCUCUCAAUCUCUCCGCUCGCACAUCCUGAUCAGAUGCGGAAAGUUCAGCUUCGCUUUCGAUCCCUUGAGCUGAAACGCCGCUCGGUCGUACGCCACCACCGCGUCCUCCGGCGUCUCGUAGGUCCUGAGCCACACUCUUGCUCCGGGGUUCCGGUAGAAAACGGGCGGAUUGACACCGUUAUUGACGGAAUCAGGUGAGCUUAUUAAGUCGCUGUAAUCAAAACCUGACAUUUGAUGAUUAUGAAUAUUUAUGAUGAUUUAGUCUUAGUUAGUGCUUCUGAAUCGAGUAGAAGUUUUAGAAAGUGAAAGCUGCUGAAGAAUGAAGUGUUAAAGCACACUUGCGGAGAAGAUUUAUAAAGAUACAGAUCGAUCUAUGAGAGCUUGAUGAUUACUCUGUUUUAGUUACUCUGUUUCUUAUCACAUAAAGAUCACGCCUUUAUGAUUUUUUUUAAUUUCUGAAAGUUUCUAAUUUUGGGGGUGGGUGAAUAAUCUUCAUGACGCCUUAUGUACAAGAACGAGUCAACAUUGGUUCAGGACCACCAGGCUCCAAAGUCAGGUGGUUUAGGUCUUCUAGCAACGAGUCUAGAUACAUCAACACUAUCACCUUUGAAGCCAAGGAAGGUUCUCCCACUCUUGUCAUGGUUCAUGGAUACGGUGCUUCUCAAGGUUUCUUCUUCCGUAAUUUUGAUGCCCUUGCCUCUCGAUUCAGGGUCAUCGCUAUUGACCAACUUGGGUGGGGUGGAUCAAGUAGACCUGAUUUUACGUGUAAAAGCACAUAAGGCAGAAACAGAGGCGCACACAAGAUGGACUGGCGAGAAUUUGGAAAACCAUGUUGAUGUCAAGAAUGUUCUCGUUGACAUGGGAAUCUACUUCCAAGUGCAGGAUGACUAUCUGGAUUGUUAUUGUUCUUGUUCUUUUAUUUGUUCUUGUUCUUUGCCAAAGCUUUUUUUUUCACAAGUAUUAAAAACUCCAAAUUGGAGAACACCAUUGGACUUCAAAUUUGGAGAUGAAUCCUUAACUAUUCAAACACAAAAAAAAAUAGUAAACUAAUGCUAAGGAUUCCAAUGGUGGUAACACCAUUGGAGAUG